GUAACAUUCAAUUCAUUCAUAUGUUGUUCUUCAUCAAUACUAUAGCGCAUUCUCGUGAUCUAUUUCGGAAGUAAUAAGUUCCAAGAUGUUCGCUUACGUUAUACUUUCAUCCUUCAUCGUCGCCAUCGCGGCUGCCAGUUGUGUGCCAAAUCCAUGCCAGAACGGCGGCACAUGCUUUUCUUUCCCGAACCACAGUGAGGAUUUUGGCUGCACAUGUACUACCGGAUGGGACGGACAAUUUUGCACGACCCCUUUCAGAUACGUCGGAUGUUUAAAAGACACGUCGGCCCGUAUCAUGCAUGUCAGACUACCCUAUUCGAAUUCAAACUCGCCGCUAGAGUGCGCCGCUCGGUGCCAUGCCUACGCUUAUAGCGGCACGCAGGUCGGCAACGAGUGCUUUUGUGGAAAUUGUCUGAAUGCCGAGAAAAGGCCGGAAUACGAAUGUAACAGGGCGUGUCUAGGGGACAGCAGCAAGAAAUGCGGCGCAGACUGGAGGAUGAGCGUCUACAGCAACAGGGCUGUGGAAGUGUCGACUCAUGAAAAAAGAAAAUCGUGGUUAGAAAACAUCACUGUGUGAGCUGAUACGAACUGCCCGAGUGACACUCUUCGCUUAUUGAACUCUGAUUUAUUUUGUUAUUUCUAUAGAACAUUAUUAACUAUCCCUUGACUAAGUACCUGAUUACAGAGAAAGGUGUCUGCAUUCUACUUUGCCUAGCAGUUUCAGCAUGGAUGAAAAUGAUAAUAAAGACACCUUCUUCUAUGUAUAUGUAUUCUCACAAUACAAGCUUUUUUCUGCAAA